AUGUCAGGUACAACACGACAAGAACAACUUUUUUACUGUCUGAGCGAAUCAGACGCUCUCACAGCGCUCCAGACCAACGUCGAGACCGGGCUCACGACAACUGAGGCCACGGCUAGACUUGGCGAGACGGGCGAAAACUCUCUUGGAGAUGACUCUCACAUUGACAUUAAAGGCAUAUUUAUUCAUCAAAUAUGUAACGCCAUGAUCCUGGUCCUUUUCAUCUCGAUGGUCAUCUCGCUUGCGAUGCGGGACUGGAUCUCGGGCGGCGUCAUCGCGUUCGUCGUUUUCAUCAACGUCGCAAUCGGCUCCUUCCAGGAAUACAAGGCGUCCAAGACCAUGAACUCGCUUCGUACGCUCAGCACGCCGUCCGCGCACGUGAUCAGAGACUCACGUGACCAGACGCUGUCCAGUAAGCUGUUGGUGCCCGGUGACAUCUGCCGGAUCAGCGCGGGCGACACGGUGCCCGCGGACCUGCGUUUGCUGGACUGCGUCAACUUCGAGACCAAUGAGGCCCUUCUCACUGGCGAGGCCCUGCCCAUAGCCAAAGAUGCGCGGCUCGUAUUCGGGGCCGAUGAGGACGUCCCCGUCGGCGACCGUCUCAAUCUCGCAUAUGCGAGCUCUACCGUAAGCAAGGGACGCGCCACUGGUGUGGUCAUCAAGACGGGGCUCAACACCGAGAUCGGGAGCAUCGCACAGAGUUUGCGCGGCGAAAACAGCCUCAUCAGCAAGGAUGAAGACAAGAAUUUCAUGCAGAACGCCGCCAAAACCAUCAAAACGAGCAUCGGGUCGUUCCUGGGCACCAACGUUGGCACUCCACUGAACCGGAAACUAUCCAAGCUGGCCGUGCUGCUCUUCUUCGUGGCUGUGGUCUUCGCAAUCGUAGUGAUGGCUACUCAGAAAUACCACGUCAAUAAGGAAGUCGCCAUUUACGCCAUCUGCGUUGCCAUUUCCAUGAUUCCUUCGUCUCUGGUCGUCGUGCUAACCAUCACCAUGUCUGUAGGUGCAAAAGUGAUGGCCCAGAGAAAUGUGGUCGUGCGCAAAUUGGAUUCUCUCGAGGCUCUUGGGGCCGUGAAUGACAUAUGCUCCGACAAGACUGGAACUCUGACGCAAGGGAGAAUGAUCGUGAGACAAGCAUGGGUACCCUCGUUCGGGACUCUUGUGAUCAACGGAUCAAACGAUCCUCUCAACCCAACCGUUGGCACUGUCGAGCUUAUCCCCAGAUUCUCUCCACAUCAAUACCAACACGAUGAAUCGGAGGACGUGGGGAUCAUCAAGAACUUCAAGCAGCAGCUCGACCAAGGCACUCUACCGCAAGACAUUGACACCAGCGCUUUCGACAAAUAUAUGCAAAUCUCUUCGCUCGCGAACAUUGCCAAUGUCUUUCAAGACCAAGAGUCUGGCGUAUGGAAGGCCAACGGAGACCCUACAGAAAUUGCCAUUCAAGUCUUUGCCAUCAGAAUGGACAAAGCGCGUGGUAAACUAACUUAUCAGGAAAACGAAAAGUCUCAGAGCGACUCCAUCGGAAGAUUCAAACACUUCGCUGAGUUUCCCUUCGACUCCUCAAUCAAAAGAAUGUCUUCAAUUUACGUUGACCUGCACGAUGAAAACAAAUACAAAGUUUUCAGCAAGGGCGCAUUCGAGAGGGUCUUGCAGUGCUGCGACAAAUGGAAACCGCUUGCAGACAACAGCGACUCUCAGCCGCUGACGGAAGAUGACAAGAAUACCAUCAUGAAGAAUGUCGAGACCCUUUCGGCUGAAGGUCUUCGCGUGCUGGCACUUGCAACAAAGGAUUACACCGAAGAUGAGGCAGUAAACCUGAGAGAAAAGCUUUCGAAAGAUAGAGAUAUGGUUGAAAGUGGCCUGUUUUUCCAGGGACUCGUCGGCAUUUAUGACCCUCCUCGUCCUGAGACAGCUGGAGCUGUCAAGAAAUGUCACAACGCUGGGAUCAAUGUUCACAUGCUAACAGGCGACUUCCCAGGUACAGCAAAAGCCAUUGCCCGCGAAGUGGGAAUAUUGCCACACAAUUUAUACCAUUACCCUAAAGAAGUCGUAGACACCAUGAUAAUGACUGCAAGCCAAUUUGAUAGCUUGUCAGAUGAUGAAAUUGAUGCACUUCCGGUGCUACCACUUGUGAUUGCGCGCUGUGCGCCACAGACAAAAGUUCGCAUGAUUGACGCACUGCAUCGCAGAGAGAAAUUCUGUGCAAUGACAGGUGACGGGGUGAACGACUCUCCUAGUCUCAAGAAGGCCAAUGUUGGUAUCGCAAUGGGUAUAAAUGGUUCCGACGUCGCGAAGGAUGCGUCAGACAUUGUGCUGAGUGACGACAACUUCGCUUCCAUUUUGAACGCCGUAGAAGAAGGGCGCAGAAUGAGCGACAAUAUUCAGAAAUUUGUGCUGCAAUUGCUGGCUGAGAAUGUCGCUCAGGCCCUUUAUCUCAUGGUUGGUCUCUGUUUCAUGGAUGAGGAAAAACUCUCUGUAUUCCCGCUGUCCCCCGUCGAGGUGUUGUGGAUUAUUGUUGUGACUUCCUGCUUCCCAGCCAUGGGACUUGGUCUAGAGAAGUCUGCACCCGAUAUCAUGCAGAAGCCACCAAACGACUCACGCACCGGAAUUUUCACUUGGGAGAUUAUCGUCGACAUGGUGGUAUAUGGGGUAUGGAUGGCUGGUUGCUGUUUGGGAUGCUUCGUUACUGUUCUUUAUGGGACUGGAAACGGUAUGUUGGGUAUCAACUGCAACAUCUCUUACAGCGAAAGUUGUGAUCUUGUUUUCAAAGGUCGUGCUGCUGUGUUUGCAACAAUGACGUGGUGUGCCCUAAUUCUUGCUUGGGAGGUGAUCGACUUGAGAAGGUCUUUCUUCCAAAUGCAGCCUGAAACCUAUACUCCUUACACUCAGUGGAUGAAGGAUAUAUGGUCAAACAAGUUUUUGUUCUGGUCCGUCAUUCUAGGCUUCGUAUCCGUGUUUCCCGUGGUUUACAUCCCAGUUAUAAACGACAAAGUCUUUCUACACAAAGGAAUCGGUUUCGAAUGGGGACUGGCCUUUGGUUUUAGUGUGGCUUUCUGGGUUGGCGCCGAGAUUUACAAGUUUUCCAAGAGAAGAUUCUACAGGAACAGGAAUCUUGUUCAAAAUCCUGAGAAAGAUUUAGAGAAAGUCGAAGAUCCUUUCGAAAAAUACAGCACUUUUGGCUCGUUUGCCGAGAUUUCCAUGGACGCCUCCAAGAAAUGCUGA